UUGAGAAUAGCAUUGUAUUUCUCCAACUUGUUAUUUAUCUCGAUUUCAAUUGAUUUGAACUUAUUGAUCUGUUCAUUCUUCUCCUCCAACUCAGUGUGGAUUCUCUCUAAUUCACUUUCGUGCUCAUUACGUGUUUCCUCUAAGGUGGACAAGUUUGAGUCAACCUCUUUCAAGGCUUCGCUUUUCUCGGCGAAUUGGCCCUGUAUCAACUUCAAUUCUUGUUGGGCAGACACUAGUUCUUCUGCCGACUGCUCAAUGGUUUUGGUGUACCGCUUGAUGUCAUUCUCCAACUUCUUAAUAGCCAUUCGAUCACCGGCAGUUUUCUCGGUAAUGAUUUCAAUUUUCUGUUUAAUUGAGUCAACCUUAGAGUUUUGA